AUGUCUGGCAAAACUGAAGUGCAGGCUCUACUCAGGAUUAUCAACCAAGCGACGCAAGACGCACUCGCCGCCUAUGCGAAUAGCGGGGAAGACGUUCCUUCGCUCUCCUCCGUGGACGAAACGUCCGUCCUCACGAUGGCCAACAAUCUUCAUCUGAAGCGGGCUGUCCGGCUUUUGGAAGGUGCCUGCGAGCAGCUUUGUGCGACGUUGGCGCCUCCGGGACAAUCUAUCGUCGAUCGCUCCCAGACUCCUGUGUCCAAUUGUCUGCGCGCAGCUAUACAUGCAGGCAUCGCGGAUGUGCUUCGUGGUCACCCCGAAGGGAUGCAUGUCAAGGAUCUUUCCCCGCUCGUGAAGAUCGAAGAAGGGAAGCUUUGUCGCAUACUCAGGACUCUGGCUACGCGUCAUUGUUUCAAAGAAGUGGAUGUUGACACGUUUGCUAACAACCGCCUUUCCGUCGCGCUGCUCAAGAACAGCCCCAUCAUGAAUUUAGCCGACCUGUACGCGACUGAGGUUGGGAAUGGCGGUAACGUCCUAUAUGAACACCUCUCAGACCCGCGGAGCAAUGGAUCGUACCAUCCGGCGAAGUCACCGCUGAUGUACGCCCUCAAGGGCCCCGGGAACGAAACUGUUGGCUUCUUCGAUUGGUUGCGGUCCACGCCUGAUCGGGAGAAGAACUUCAACACCGGUAUGACGGGUGUCGGAACACUCAUGGGAAGCCUCGCUUUGUUGGAAGGACUUCCUUGGGACAAGAUUUCGACCGUUUGCGAUAUUGGCUCUGGCGUAGGCGCAUAUGCAAUUCCCCUCGUACAGCAAAACGUCAACCUCAAGUACACGCUGUGUGACAUGCCGGCUACUAUUGAUCAAGCUAGAGAGGUAUGGACGAAAGAGUUCCCGUCAGCGGUUGAAUCGGGAAAGGUCGCCUUCUCCUACUUGAACUUCUUCGAAGAAGUCGCACCGGCCGGGCAAGACAUCUACUACAUGAGGGCCAUCUUGCAUAGCUGGACCGACGACCAGGCUCUUGGCAUACUCAACAACAUCCGAGCUGCAAUGAAACGGACCAGCCGUGUUUUUAUCCACGACCAUCUGAUUCAGUCCUCCGCUCGCGUCAAAAAUGUCACUGCGCACGCGCAGCUUGGUGUCGACACGGCCCCGGAGCCCAUGCUUCCCAAUUUCGGCUCUGGGAAGAAGAGAACGUUCAACAUGGACAUGUCUAUGCUCAUCACUUGUAACUCGAAGGAGCGCACCUUGCCGGAGAUGAUCACUCUUGGUCGGCGGGCAGGUCUCAAGCUCGUGAAAGUCUGGGAUCUGGUGGAGACCAGCAUCGUCGAGCUGGAGUUUGAGUAG